CCAGCUAGCCUCUUAGGAGGCGUGUCCCAAUGUCAUGGCCUCCAGCCACAGCUCCUCCUCAGUGCCUCGUCCCGGUGGUAGAGGCCGAGAUGGAAUAUAUCACAAGGAGAGGGAUCGCUCCCCGUCCUGCCGCCGGCCUCUCCGCUUGCUGCCUGACGUCUGCCCCAAGGAACCCACCGGUGAGGGACGGGGCCUGUGCGAUGGCCCAUCUGUGGUGGCGGAGCACGACAGGUGGACGGUGUACAGCUCGAAGGUCAACCUCCCCGCCGCGCUGAACGACCCCCGGCUUGCAAAGCGGGAGUCUGACUUUUUCACCAAAUCGUGGGGCCUGGACUUUGCAGAAACGGAGGUGAUGCCCUCCUUCUACCUCCCCAACAUCACCAGGGAACACUUCGGACCGUACCUGCAGGAGACGGCUCAGAGGGAAAAAAUCCACGAGCGCUGCAAGACGAUCUGUCCGAACAAAGACGACGUGGACGCCGUCUCCAGUAUCACCACCAACCACGAAAAGUCCAGAGCGGAGCUGGAACAAGUCCCAAAGAUCUUCAUGAAGCCGGAUUUCGCUCUGGAGGACCCGGCCAUCUUCGGCGCCGUCCUUCCCUGGUCUCACUUCACCAGCGCAGGAGGGAAGAGCAGCAGAGACGUGGCCUCCUCCAAACUGCUGCAGGAGAAGCUGAGUCACUAUCUGGACGUGGUGGAGGUGAGCAUCGCCCGCCAGAUCUCCCUGCGCUCUGAGGCUUUUUUUCACGCCAUGUCCUCGCAGCACGAGCUGCAGGACCAGCUGCUGGAGACGCAGCGGGCCGUUGCCAUCCUGCGGGGUCGAACCGCUGCCAUGGAUCGCGUCAUGUGCCAGGGGCCGCUGGAGGCCCUCCGCACUGCUUUGACCCGCAACAACUGCGUGAAGCUGCACAACAAGCUGAAGCUGAUGGCGGCAGUGCAUCAGACGCAGCCCACGGUGCAGCUGCUGCUCUCCACCUCAGAGUUUGUCGGAGCACUGGAGCUCAUCGCAACCACCAAGGAGGUCUUGCAGCAGGAGCUGCAGGGAAUCCACAGCUUCAGACAUCUCGGCUCACAGCUGUGUGAGCUGGAGAAGCUGAUUGACAAGAUGAUGGUGGAGGACUUCAGCAUGUACGCCCGCAGCGACCUGAGCCGCAGCCUGAGGGACGAGCCGCAGGUUCUGGAGAAGGAUCGUCUUGGGUCGCUGGUGUUCGGUCUUCUGAGACAAAGGAAGCUGGACUUUCUGGACAUUUACAGCGAUGAGAUGAUCUUAGCAGCGAAGGCCAUCGUAGCUCAGUGUGUGGCAGAAAGUGUUUUCCACAUCGAAGAAAUCGACACUGAAGUCGUCACUAAGCUAGCGGAGCAGAUGCGUCUGAUGACGUUCCCUCAGUGGUUUGAGCUGCUGAAAAGCGUCUUUGACAGUUUCCUUCUGUUCCUGCAAAGAAUCAAGGCGACGCUGAGCGUGAUCAGAAACGUGGUUCAGGAGGUUCUGGACUCAAACCAAAAGAACCGGCUCCUGGAGGAGGCGAGUUCCAGUGCCUCAGCUCAGGAGUCUUCCCAGGAUCCUUCGCUCCUGCAGGGGGAGGCAGAGCUGGCCUACCUCACCCACGAGGGGAUGUUCAUCAGCGACGCUCUGAACGAGGCCCAGCAGCAGCAGGCGGCAGCGCCCCAGGAUCAGAGCUCCGCGACGGGCUCCAGGAUCCAGCAGGGCCGGGCGGAGGCAGCCGGCAGUGAGGCCACAGAGAGCUUCGUCUGCCGGGAGCAGAGCCUCAUGUCCGGAGAGAACGUGAUGCCCACUGAGCAGGAGAUGAACCGUGUGAUCACCAACAUCCAGGAGCUGCUGUACACGGCGUCCGACAUCAGCCACGACCGCUGCGUCAAAGUCCUCACGGCCAGAGCCAAGGAUGGUUCCCUGGAGCGUCUGAGCUCGGCAGAGUUCGUGUGUCUCUCUCAGGCGGUGGAGGGUUUCGUCAGGGACACGGAGGAGCUGUGUGGCAGGCGCAGCGUCUCCCUGAGGGGAGCGCUACAGAGCCAGGCCAAUCGCUUCGUCCACCGCUUCCACGAAGAGCGCAAGACCAAACUGAGCCUCCUCCUGGAUAACGAGCGCUGGAAGCAGGCGGAGGUUCCCGCCGAGUUCCAAGAUCUCGUCAAUUCCAUCGCUGACGGCAGAAUAACACUACCAGAGCGCAAAACCCCAGGUACCCCAAGACAAACCCCUCCCCCAGAUAUCACCUCCAUUAAUCCCCU